AUGUGUGAGCGUCCCUGCCAGGACCUGUGUGCCAGCUCCUGGCCUCCGCAUCUGUGCAGCUCCCUGUGCUCUGAAGGGUGUUUCUGUAAUGACGGGUACCUGUGGAGCGGGGAUCAGUGCGUCCUGCCAGAGCACUGCGGCUGUGAGCACGACGGACGCUACCACGGGGUUGGAGACUUUCUCUGGCUCACUGAUUGCACCCAAAGGUGCAGCUGUGACUCCUCUGGUACUUUCAGGUGUGUCCCCGCCAGCUGUAACCCCGGCCAGCAGUGUGCUGUGAAGGAUGGGAAGUUGGGCUGCCAGAGCCAGCUGACCACCUGCACGGUGACAGGGGACCCUCACUACUUCACCUUCGAUGGGGCUGUGGCCCAUUUCCAGGGCACGUGCGCCUACGAGAUCUCACACACCUGCAACUCCUCCCUCGACUUCUCCUUCCGGGUGGUGGCCGCAAACAGGAAUUUCCGGAAUCCCCGGGUCUCCUUCAUUUACCGAGUGGAACUUUGGCUCAGAACUGGCCAUUUUAAUUCCCAUGUCAUUCUGGAGCGAGGCAAAGACGUUCUGGUUGAUGGGACAAAGACCCCUUUACCGGCCCAGCUGGGACCCAUGGCCAACAUCACCAGGGUGAAAAACAUGGUGACUCUGAAAGCAGGCGCCAACGUGGAGAUCCAGUUUAAUGGCCGCCAUGCUUUGUUUGUCCGUGUGGGCCCGGAGUAUCGGGAGCAGCUGUGCGGGAUGUGUGGGAACUUCAAUGGGGAUCGCAGGGAUGAUAUAAUCCUGCCCAAUGGGGAGAGAGCUUCGAACGACGCAGAGUUUGGGAAUGCCUGGACCUCUGACAUCAGCCCACCAAGGUGUAAGAAUGACACUGGCUUCACUGAGCCCUGUCCAGAAUUGUACGAGGUUGAGCAAGCGUGUGGGAUCCUAACGAACCGCACCGGCCCGUUUGCUGAGUGUCACUGGCACGAGAGCCCAGCCCCUUACUACGAGGCCUGUGUCUACGACCUCUGCCAGUAUGGAUGGGGCAAUCGCAUGCUGUGCGCAGCCGUCGACUCCUAUGAAGAGAUGUGUGCUAUUCACGGCGUGAAGACCGGUCACUGGGGAGAAGUGACUGGAUGUGACACCACCUGCCAAGCCAGUAAUUAUUAUGACUUCUGUGGCCCUGCCUGCCCUGCCUCUUGUGCCAACCUUAGUGCACCCCUGCUCUGCACCAAGCCCUGCGUGGUGGGAUGCUUCUGUAGGGAAGGGUAUGUGCUGGACGCUGGACACUGUGUGCCUGUGAGCCGGUGCGGCUGCACGUUGAACGGUCAGUAUCACCAGCUGGGAGAGGAGGUGAUCCUGACAGACACUUGCAGCAGGAAAUGCAGCUGCCGGCAGCCUGCCCAGCCCAUGCAGUGCCAGGAUCAUGCCUGUGGGGCUCUGGAGAUAUGUAAAGUUGUGGAUGGCGUCCGAGGCUGUUACCCUGUGAAGUUUGGCACCUUAUGGGUGUUCGGCCACCCCCACUACACCACGUUUGACGGAGUCAUGUUUGAUUAUCAAGGAGCCUGCAAGUACACCCUGAGCAAGUACUGUGGCCCCCCGGGGAGCCUCCCAGACUUCACCAUCAAAGUGGCGAACGAGCCGAAAAGCUCCAUUGCCGUGUCCUGGACGCGCCUGGUGGAGCUCGACGUCUACCGGGAGCGUAUUGCUAUAGCAGGGGGACAGUACGGCCAGGUGCAGGUGAACGGAUCCCUGGUCAAUCUGCCCAUGGUCCUUGCAUCAGGCAAACUCUACGCCUAUUUCAGCGGCUCGUCUGCUGUGCUCCAGACUGACUUUGGCCUCUCUGUGUCCUACGACUGGUCCCACUCUGUGUCGGUUUCUGUUUCUGAGAUCUACUUUGGGUCACUGUGUGGACUCGGUGGGGAUUUCAAUGGGAACCAGAGUGAUGAUUUCCGGACCCCAAACGGUUCUGUGGUUCCUGAUGCCGUCCCCUUUGGCAACAGCUGGAAGGAUGCUGACUCCCCUUUUCACUGCACGGCUGUUGGGCUCCCAGCCCAAUGUAAUGAAGUGGAACUAGCCCAGUACAGAUCUCAGCGCUACUGCGGGGUCAUUGCAGACACUGCUGGGCCUUUUAAAGAGUGUAACCAGCCGGUUGCUGCUCAGAUCCACUUGGAGAGCUGCGUGAGGGAUGUGUGUGUGACUCGGGGCAGCCGUGAGACCCUGUGUCAAGUGCUUCGCAGUUAUGCCCAGCGGUGCCAAAGUCGUGGCAUUGCCAUUGAGCCAUGGAGACAGUGGGCUGGGUGCGAGUUAACCUGCCCCGCCAACAGCCACUAUGAGCUCUGUGGACCUUCCUGCCCGGCCUCUUGUGCCCACCCAGCUGUGCCCUCCCGCUGCCGGACUGCGUGUGAAGAAGGGUGCCAGUGUGACCCUGGCUUUGUGCUGAGUGGCACCGACUGUGUGCCUCGGGAGCAGUGCGGCUGCACCCACAAUGGCAGAUACCACCUGGCAGGGGAAAGCUUCUGGGAAGGAGAAAAUUGCCAGAGAUUGUGCAGAUGUGACGGCUCCUCCCACGCUGUCCAGUGCUCCCGCUCUGCCUGUGCCCCGGGGGAAUUCUGUGGCACUCGAAAGGGGGUUUAUGGAUGCCACAAACGAACCAACGGCAUCUGCUGGGCUUCUGGGCUUCCCCAUUACACUACGUUUGAUGGGAAGCGAUACGAUUUCCAGGGCACCUGCAGAUAUGUCUUUGCUGAAGUGUGUGGGGCAUCCCAGGCCUUACCCUUCUUCAGAGUGGAAGUGAAGAACGGAAACCUGCCCCGUGUUCCUGUGGCUGUGACCUCGGAGGUGUUUGUCCUUGUGAACAGGACUGAGAUCCAUCUGCAGAGAGGGCAGCACGGGACAGUCAAGCUCUCUGCUGAUCAGAUUACAGUGGGAUUUCCCCUAAACUCCUCACCCAUCACCAACUCUGCCUGCCACUGCCCUGUUGUUUUACAGUGUGAUCCACCCCCUGGAUUAAUCUCUUUGGUGCUGUUUUCCCCCAAUCAGAUCGCUGGAGUGACUGUGACCCUCCCGGUGAAUGUUAAAACACUAGGAGUUGCCAUUUAUCAGCAUGGGCUGUACACGGUGCUGCAGACUCCCUUUGGGCUGAGUGUGAGCUACGACCUGGCCCACAGCCUCUUCAUCAGCCUCCCCCCUGAGUACCGAGGCCAGACCUGUGGGCUGUGCGGGAACUUCAAUGGGGCCGCUGAGGAUGAUUUUGUGAUGCGUAACGGCUCCCUAGGGAAGGACGCCUUCCACUUCGCUGCAGACUGGAAGUCGGAGGAUGUCCCUGGCUGUGACGACGGCUGCUCUGAUUCCUGCCCUGGGUGUGAAGAGGAGGAAAGUCUGGUGCAGUCCAAGUCCCGGUGCUGGGUGAUCCAGGACCCCGAUGGGCCAUUCUCCGCUUGCCACUCCCAGAUUGACCCAGGCCACUAUCUGUCUGAUUGCAUCUUUGACCUGUGUGUGUCAGGAGGGGAGAGCAAUGCCCUGUGCCAGUCCAUUCAGACAUACGCAGCCGCCUGCCAGAGAGCGAAUGUCUCCAUCUCACCUUGGAGGAACGAGUCCUUCUGUGCCCCAGGAUGCCCAGCAAACAGUCACUACAAGCUCUGCGAGCCCCCCUGCCGGGAUUCCUGUGCACGCCACUUGAUCCAGGCUCACUGCAGCCAUCUGUGUGCCGAAGGCUGUUUCUGCAACGACGGGUACCUGCGCAGCGGGGCCAGCUGCGUUCCAGAGAAGCAGUGCGGCUGCGUGCACAACGGGCUGCACUACCCGGUUGGGGACCGGGUCUGGCUCUCUGGUUGCCAGGAAAGGUGCAGCUGUGACGGCCAUUUCAAUUUUCAUUGCGUCCCCGCCAGCUGUAACCCCGGCCAGCAGUGUGCUGUGAAGGACGGGAAGUUGGGCUGCCAGAGCCAGCUGAGCACGUGCACGGUGACAGGGGACCCUCACUACUUCACCUUCGAUGGGGCUGUGGCCCAUUUCCAGGGCACGUGCGCCUACGAGAUCUCACACACCUGCAACUCCUCCCUCAACUUCUCCUUCCGGGUGGUGGCCGAAAACAGGCACCGCAGGAAUCGCCGAGUCUCUUUCGUGUCCCGGGUGGACGUCUGGCUCGAGAGAGGGGAUCAGAAUGUGCACAUUGUCCUAGGGGACAGCAAGGCUGCUGAGGUUAACGGGGCGAGGGUGAGCCUGCCGCACGCCCUGGGCCCUCUGGGCAGCGUGUCCAGGAUCAGAAACCUGCUGACCAUCCAGACCCCAGCCAACGUGGAGAUCCAGUUUAACGGGCGCCACACGUUGUUCAUCCGCGUGGGCCCGGAGUAUCGGGGGCGGCUGUGCGGGAUGUGCGGGAACUUCAAUGGCAUCCGCAGGGACGAUAAAGUCCUGCCCAGCGGGGAGAGAGCCCGGAGUGACGCAGAGUUUGGGAACGCCUGGAAGGCUGAGCCCAGCCCGGCCAGGUGUUUGGAUGACAUCGACUCCCCCGAGCCCUGCAGCGACCCCCUGGAGUUUGAAGAGCUCUGCGGGACCCUGACUAGCCAAUCGGGACCAUUUGCCGAGUGCCACUGGCAUGUGGACCCUGCCCCAUUUUACUCCUCCUGCCUGUACGACAUGUGCCACUACGGGACGGCCAAUGGGAUGCUGUGCAUGGCCAUUGCCUCCUAUGAAGAGCUGUGCAGCCUUGAGGGGAUACGCGUUGGCGCCUGGAGAUCAUCUGCGCAGUGCCCCGUGCGUGACCCAUGUGUCGGUCUGGCCUGCGGGGAGGACGAGUGGUGCGGCGAGCAGGCAGGGAGAUGGGGCUGUUACUGCUACAGGGCUUCUGAGCCCAUCCAAGUGGCUGACUAUGACUAUCAGCUGACCUGCAGUGGUGGUAACAGCUCAGUGUCCCUGUCCCGCUGCCUGCUCUUCACUGACGGCUUCCCCGCAGAGGCCUUGCACCUGGCCGACCCCAGCUGCACCGGCAGCCUCCUCAGGGGGAGACUCGUCUUCUACUUCGACAGCACACGACAGAGCUGCGGGACCACGGUGAAGGUCAACGCCACCCACGCCACUUACUCCAACCAGGUGCAGGGCCGGGUGGGCAACACCUAUGGAGGGGUCAUCAGCCGGGACAGGCUCCUCUUCUUGCACUUCUCCUGUGCCCAGCCACUGAGCAUCAACCUGUCCGUCCCAAUGGUCAUCCAGCCCAUACAGGAUGUUGUUAACACAACCCUCCCCUCCGGCCAAGGCAGCUACCUGACAACCAUGGUCCUGUACCAAGACCCUCGAUACAGCAAACCCUUCACCCGGAGCCCCAUCCCACUCACUGUCAACCACAGGGUCUACGUGGGCAUCAGGGUUUCAGGGUUGGACCCCAGCCACUUCGUGCUGACCUUGUCAUCAUGCUGGGCGACUCCGGACCGAGACCCCUCCUCCAGCAUCCGAUGGGAUCUCAUCACCAACCAGUGCCCCAGCGUGCGAGAUGGCACAGUGAUGAUCGACGAGGACGGCGUCUCCUCCAUCAGCCGCUUCUCCUUCAAUGUCUUCCUGUUCAUCCCAGACUUGGAGCUGGUGUAUCUGCAUUGCCGCGUCCGGCUCUGCAGCCCCCAGGCGGCCACGUGCACCAUGCACUGCGCCAGGCCGGGCCCUGCUGUGCCGGGCAGGAAACCUCCGUCGGGGGUCGUGUCCGCUGGCCCUUUCCUGAAGUACGACGAAGCUGCCGACCAAGGUCUGCAGCUGGCCAGCGGGAGCCCUCGCUCACCCACCUGCUCCCCACUGCUGCUGCUGCUGCUUAGCACCUCCUGCCUGCUCCUUGCCGGAGCCCCCUGAGCCAGGCCUGGGCAGGGGCUUCCUUGGGGAUCCCGCACCCACCAGCUGCAGAACAGGCUGCUGGGUGCAAGGCCUCAGCGAGUACUGGGGAGGGGGGUGGCCAGGGAGGCAAUCAGCCAGUCGGCGCUCUGGGAAGAGGGGCUGAGCUGGGUGGCCGGAGCCUGCGAUUGUGGAUUCCCCCUCCUCUGCUGCUCCCCUGCCCCCCAGCACCCUCCCGGGGACACAGCGAGGCCACACCCCUAGUGGGCGGGGCAUAAACUCCUAGCAGGUGAAGGGGGAGCCUGGGAGAACUAAGGGAAUCCCACUGCCCCCAACCUUCCCGCUCCCGCUACGGCACCAGGCAAAUAAAGUGAGUGCGGAGAAUCCCUGGGCUGUGACUGAAGCCUGCCGUCGCCACAACAGGGAAGGGGUCUGGCCUGGGGGGCUGGGAGCCAGGACUCCUGGGUUAGAUUUCCAGCUCUGGGAGGAGAGCGGGUCUGACAGUCAGACCAGGGGGGCGCUAGGACCCAGGAUUCCUGGGUUCUGAUCCCAGCUCUGGCUGUGACCUUGGUCAUGUCCUUUCCCCUCGGUGCCACACUGCUCCUCUGUAAAAUGAGAACGAUGGAACUGACCCAUUUUUAUUGGGGGGGGGGGGCGCUCUGCUGCUGCUGAAUUAAUCCCGGCCUGGGACUGGCCGUGGGCCCCCUCGCCUGCCCUGGGAGCAGGGCUCGGCCUGUCAGUCACGCACCAGCACCCUUGUGAGCAGGGGUGGUCGGGGGCUCCACGACUGAACGUCCCUGCACUGUGUGCCCUGGCCUCAGUGCUUAGCCACCAGGCGCUCCACAACAAACCCACCUGCCAGCACCCUACAAUAACAAACCCCUCCCCCAGCAACAACAAACCUGCCUCCCAGCAGCCCUGCAACAACAAACUCACCUGCCUCAGCAGUCCCCCACUAACAAAUCGACCCACUUUGGCAACCCUAUAAUAGCAGACCACCUGCCAGCAAUCCUACAACAACAAACCCGCAUGCACAGCCCUACAAUGACCAAGUGCAGCCUCACCAUGUGUGACUGGCCCUACAAUAACAAGCCAGUGCCCAUACCCCCAUGCACCCAAAUGACCCUACAACACACUGGUGUGUGCAGGAUCUGUGUCAAGCCGCCUGCAUCAACAACCCAUGUGUUCAGGAGCCCCCAGCCCCAGGAACACGGCAGCAGGCCUGGCCCCCUGCUCGAGCUGGGAAAUACACCAGGGUGGGGGAUGGGGGGGUCAUUCGGCCCAAGGCCUGUGUGUGUGAGCUGGGCCCGGAGCCCAGCCCAGAGUUCAGGCCGGGGACAGGCAAAGAGGGACACAGCUUGUGCUGGGGUCUUGAGCAAGAGCGGGGGGGCGGGGGCUGCGUCAGGACCAGGGAACCCCCCGCCCCGCAGCAGCUGUGGGAGCUGAGCAGGGUGGGGGUAGCCAGGUUGUUUGUUCCCUGGGAUGGGGGGGAGUCGACUUUCUGGUGCAGACCCCAGGUCCAGGCUCUGGUGGCACCUGCACCUCCGCUGUCCCAGUGUCCCCCGGAAAGGGCUUGAUGCCCAGACCCCAAGACAGCCCGUGGGCCCCCGCCCACCAGGGGAGCGGAGCCCUGGCCAAGCUCCCAGCUCCUCCCCACGGAUCUGGCUCCACCUUCCCCGCCCCCACACAGCAACCUGGCCAGCUGGAAACCAUGGGAGAGUGCUGGGAAAGCACAGCUGUGCUGGUGCUCCACACUCCCAACCCGCAGCCCACCCCCACCCACCAGCUCUAUCAAUGCCCCACAAAUCCUGCUAUCCCAGCCAUGGGCUUCCCCCAUACCCACACCCACACCCACACCCAGUGCCCGGCCCAUGCCCCAGGACAGGGUAGGAGCUGAAUACAUUUGAUAGAUGCUAAUUCAAGUCAGCUAGGAGGGGGAAUCACUCACCCCACAGCUAUGCAUCCGAAGAAGUGGG